GUGGGGCUGCGGUCGGCUCCGCCCCCCAGGGGCCGGGGGAGGGGGCUGGCGGGAGGCGUGAGCGGCGGCUGCCCCGAGCGCCUGCCGGGGCGGAGCGGCCCCCGUGCACUGCCGGGCCGGGCCAUGACCCCGGCUGCUUUCUCCUGCAGGCUCGUCGCCGCCGCCCCCGGAGCCCUGCUGCCGCAGCCGCCAACGCCCGGGCGGGCCCCAAGCGCCCCGGGCGCGGCUCCGCAGUGAGCCCACCAAGAAGCCGCCCGUGGAGGGAGGUGUAGACAUGGGGCUGAAGCUGUCCUGCUUGAAAGGCCUUAAAAUGUGUGUCAGCAGCAGUGGCAGCAGCCACGAUGAGGCCCCUGUCCUGAAUGACAAGCACCUGGAUGUACCCAACAUCAUCAUCACCCCUCCAACCCCCACUGGCAUGAUGCUGCCCCGUGACUCCCGGCGGACAGCCUGGCUGGAUGAGACGGGGUCAUGUCCUGAGGAUGGAGAAAUUGACCCUGAAGCCUAAGGAGGAGGUACAGGAUAGCUAUUUCUUCCGCCGUACCUGCUCGGGCCACGUCUCCCUCCAUGUGUUCAUGGGUCCAACUGCCUGGGACAGAUGUGCUGAGGACGUGAGAUGGGAGGAUGAAGAUUUCAGUGCUCCACCAGGCUAGAUGAGUAAGGAAUCAAUCUGGCUGAGUCCAGAACAUCGCUCCCCAGGCCCAGUGAGUGGAUGGGACCUCUGACACAUCCUUUCAGCCCCCCAGGGUCCUGGCAGUGGUUUUCAGGGUGCCAGGGGGAGGCUCUCUUCUGGAUGGACAAACCCUCCUAGCAGGAAUCCUGGGCUCUACAGACAGGUAUCAGGAGGCCAGCACACCUGAGAACUUCUUGCAAAGCAUUUUUUAUAUGUUGUCUUACAGAUAUGGAAACUGUCUCAAAAGCAGUUUAUAAUUUCCUUUUUUGCAUUUUAAAUAAAGAUCCUCUGUAAUGAA